AUGAGCAGCCUAAGGUCAAGGUGGAGUAGCCAGCUGCUGUUCCUGGGCAUCGUGGUGCUCACGGUCGUGGUCAUCUUCCUACUGUUCUACGCUCUCCUCUGGAAGGCCGGCAACCUCACUGACCUGCCCGACCUCAGGAUUGGCUUCUACAAUUUCUGCCUCUGGAAUGAGGACAUUGGCGCCCUACAGUGCCACCAGUUCCCUGAGCUGGAGGCCCUGGGGGUGCCUCGCGUUGGCCUGGCCCUGGCCAGGCUGGGCGUGUAUGGGGCCCUGGUCCUCGCCCUCUUUGUCCCCCUGCCCCUCCUUCUGGCCUGGUGCAACAGCAACGAGGGGGAGUGGAGGCUGGCGGUGGGCUUCCUGGCCACGUCCUCUGUGCUGCUGGCCAGCGGCCUGGGCCUCUUCCUCACCUACACGUGGAAGUGGAUCAGGCUCUCCCUGCCAGGGCCUGGGUUUCUAGCUCUGGGAGUCGCCCAGGCCUUACUCAUCCUCUUGCUUAUGGCCACAGCUGUGUUCCCUCACAGGGCAAAGGACAAGAGCAGGCUCGAGAGCUGCUGGUUCUGACUAAAGGCUGCCACAAUCGCAAGCGCUCGGUUUGAACUACGUUCAGAGAAGAUGCCAGAGAAUUCCUGGGCUGGGACAUCUUCUCAGCCACUCUGUUUCACAGCUAAUGCGGACCUCAAGUUCUAGCAGACGGGACCCACCGCGGAGUGGGUGGGGUACCCAGCGUCAAGGAGGCCAAGAGGCAGCAAGGGCGUCCAGGGCACCUCCGGCUUCUUAGAGUAGAUGUCUGUCCUUCGGGACUCCCAAAGUUCCUAAGGACACCCUAAAACCACGCAGCUCAUUGUCAUGAGAAUUUCUGCCUUAAUUAACUGAUCUGAGCAAGCCAUCCGUGCUUUAUCCUCAGAACAAUGGGGAGAUUAGGCUUCCUGUCAUGGGGCCAGAGUUCCAGAAGGAGUUGCCAAAUGCCAGACUGGAACCCAGUGAAGGUUUAUGAAGGAAGACCUCGGUGACCCUGGGGGUUCUGGUUAGUAAGCUCCCCUUCACCAUCCGAGGGGUGACACGGUGAGCCCCUCACCCCUGAAACCACUCCCAGAGGCCCAGGAGUGAUCUGAGGGACUCACCAAAGACAGAGAACACAUGGACACAAAGAGCAGCCUUGGUGGCUUUGAAGGUUCCCCUGGAAAGGCUCCUGGGCCUGUAGCCAGACAGGGGUCAGCUGACAGAUGAGCCAAAUACGCCAGAUCUCCAGUCAGGAGAGGAAGGUGACCGGGACUGAACGGCUCUACAUCCAUGUAAAUGCUGCAGCCCCUCCCUCUGCACCCCUAAACCGGAAAGGAUACACACACAACUCACGUACCAGGGAACUGUGUGUAUUUUUCAGCAUCCACCUACAGGAAAACCCGUACAGCAAAUGAUCACCUCACUCUAUGCCUGUCAAAAGCCACACUGAAUACAGAGACAGAAACAUGGA